UGAUGUGUUGGAAACCAUGAAAGCCCCUGAGAAUGGUCACAUAGGAAUGGGAUUUCUCCAAAGAGGUGGUGGCAUUGAUAACCCAACAGGACAAGGAGCUGGAAGCCACUGUGCACCAGCAAAGCUGUGACAUUGUGGCCAGCACAGAGCCACGUGGGGAUGACUCAAACAAAUGGAUUGCUGCAAUGGAUGGGGAUAAAACUUUCCAUCAUUUGCCAGCAGCCUGGCUAACUGGGAGGUCCCAGCUGACUGGAAAGGGAGCAGAUGUGACACACAGCUACAGGAAGGGCAGGAAGGAGGAGUUUGGGAGCUGCAGGGCUGUCACUCAAGGUGACAGGAGGAGAUCACGCAGCACCAGCAGGGCAAUCAGAGGAGCUGGGGUGGCCAGUGUGAGUUUGUGACAUGCAGGUCCUGCCUGACCAGCCUGAUCUUCUAUGACAAAGUGACUCGGUGGAUGAGGGAGAGGCUGUGGGUGUGUCUGUCUGGACUUUGGCACCACAUUUUCGUGGAAGGGGCUGGAGCCACCGACCCUGGAGGGAUUUAAGAGCUGUGUAGAAGUGGCACUUGGGGACAUAGUGAAGGCCUUGGCACUGCUGCGUUCGCUGUUGGACUCGAUGGCCUUAGAGGGCUUUUCCAACCUAAACGAUUCCAUGAUUGUGUGAUUUUAUUAUCCACUCAGAGGAUUAAUCCCACCACUAAUGCAGCUUUUCACUCGCAAAGCGCUUUAGGGGAAGUUGCGCCAGGAAAGCGCUUGGAGAGAGAAACUGAAAGUGUUGAUUGAGCAGGUUCCAGCCCUCCUGUUCCUGGUUCCAGCCCUCCUGUUCCUGGUUCCAGCCCUCCUGGUUCUGCCCUCCCACUGCUGCUCUCCCAGCCUGUGCAGUAGGACCGGGUUUCCCAGCUUCUUGCCUCACGGGAAUAUUUCAGGGAAAAUAUGAGAGCUCCGUAGCUGUGCUUCUUGCCAGGCGUGGAACCAGGGUAUUUCAGCUUUCCAUUGAAAUCCAGGAGGAGCAGCCCGGCAGCAUCCCUGACACCAAACCUCGGUAGCUGUUCAAGCAGAUACGUUGGGCUCGCGUGGCUUGGCUGCGUUGCGGCGCCCGUGCAGCCUACCCAUGAGCUCAGACUUCCAGCAUUACAGUUUCAGGAUGCCUAACAUUGGAUUCCAGAACCUUCCUCUCAACAUAUACAUCGUGGUUUUCGGCACAGCCAUCUUCGUCUUCAUCCUCAGUUUGCUCUUCUGUUGCUACUUGAUCAGGCUCAGGCAUCAGGCACACAAAGAGCUUUACGCCUACAAACAGGUCAUACUCAAGGAGAAGGUGAAGGAGCUGAACCUCCAUGAGAUCUGUGCCGUGUGCCUGGAGGAGUUCAAGCCCAAGGACGAGCUGGGGAUCUGUCCCUGCAAACAUGCCUUCCACAGGAAGUGCCUCAUCAAGUGGCUGGAGGUGCGGAAGGUGUGUCCCCUGUGUAACAUGCCGGUGCUGCAGCUGGCGCAGCUGCACGGGAAGCCGGACCCGGGCCCGCCGCAGGUGCCGCUGCCCGGCUCGCAGAACAUCGUAUAGAGCCUCCCGGGCCGGGCCCGGCCACAACCAAAGCACUUGGGCCGCCCCUGAGCAGCCCCCAACCCCGCCGGGAUGAAGCCUGGCCUCGGAUCCUCCGCCGGGGGACUCGGCGUUCUGGGCACCACAUCCUUCUUCCAGCACCUCCCUUCCCCAGCCCCGCGGCCGCCGGGGAGCGCCGUGGUGGCACCCGGUGACACUGCCACGACCUCUGGGAACAGCGUGGAUCCCGGGAACACCGCGGACCCCGCAGCCGGUCCCUGCUCCCUCCGCUCGGCCUGCGCGGUUCCCAGCAGGAAUUGGGUCUGGCAGGUUUGGGUGUCCCCUCGGCACCUGGUGUCACCUCCCGGGUUUGGGUGUCCCCUUCCCCUCCUCCUCGGCUACCUCAGGGGCCUGGAGUCCCUGUCAGGGACGCAGCCACGGCGUGGGGGGCAGGCAGAAAUCCCGGCCUUUGGGAUCAUCCCUUGGCUUGCAGCCUGGCCCCGGCGCUCUCUGGGCGGCCAAAACACCCCAAACCCUUCAGCAGCGCCUGGGGGGGAGCUGGGCCACCCCCCCACCUCUCCCAGCACAAGUUUUGGGUGUCCCCUGCCAUCCUCAGCCUUGGGGAGGGGGUGUCAGUAUUACAGGGCAGCGGGGGCUGGGGGGGCUCCUGGUGCUGUCCCCCCUCCCAAAAAUCCUGGGACUGUUUAUGGAGCGUGGAGCCUCAUAGACGUGUUUGUACACUACAAAUUCUGCAGCAGAAUAUUUUUUAAAACAUUCGCUGGUUUUUGGUUUUUUGGUUUUUUUUUUUUUUCCUCUGUUCGUUUGGUUUUUUUGUAAGCUCUAUUUUUGUAUAUUUAAUUGCUAUUUGAAAAUUCUAAUAAUGCGUCUUUUUUGCUAAUCACACUCUUCUUAAGGAAAAAAAACAGGAAAGAAAAAAAAAAACAAAACAAACAAGAGUUUGCAUGUGAUUUGACUUGAAAUGUAAAUAAAAGCAGGUUUUGGAAGUGGGGUGUGUUUGCAGGGGCUCUGUCACCCUGGGAAUGUCCCCAGCAGGGGAGGGACCAGGGGGCUGGAAGAGGGGUUGGGAUCACACUGUCCCUGUCCCCUUGUGCCAGCAGCAUCCCUGAUGGGGACAGCAUCCCGUGGAACACCCCACAACCCCCAGCUAAGGGAUUUGGCAGGAUCCAGGCACGGGUGAGCUUCCCUGCUUAGGGACAGGAUAUUCCUGCAGCCAACUCCCAGCCCCCAUCCC